AUGAUCCAAGGGUUGAAAAAAGAGUUGCUGGGGCUGCUGUUAAUCACCCACAGCAGCCCCCCCGUACCCGAAAAGUUCACUAUUGCUGUGCACGGAACACUUUCACAAUCUUCCAAAUCAACGAGAAAGUACGGAGUUAUGGCUAAACGUCCUCUUCGUUGCUUCGCGACCACGCUUGUUUCUGGAUUGUUCUUCUAUGCACCAGUCUAUACUCUGUACGUUGCUCGUGUUGUCGAAGCUUCGAUUUUCGUUGCCAAGGGUCAAACGAAAGAGAAUUUGAAUUGCAGAGUCUGUGGAGUUAAUUGGAGUGAAAUUGGUGAGGUUCUGCUGCCCGGUGUAGAUUUUGCUGGUUGGGAAGGAAUUGGAAAAAAUGUAAGUGAGGACGGCGAUGUUGCCAUGCGGAAUAAUAAUUGA